GCACCCCGACAAUUCUGUCUCCUGAUGUGUCUAACCAAGUCAGAGGACAAUAGUGGGGAAGCCCUGCGGAAAAUGUCUUGUACAGCUGAGAUCCAAGCAGCGUUUAUUCUUUCCUCCCUUGUGACCUUCUUCAGCGGACUCCUCAUCUUAUUAAUAUCCAGGCUAAUCUGGAGGAGCAUUAAAAAAUGGCAAAAGAGCGAGGGAAAAGGAAUUUUCUUGGAAGUAAUGUCACGUAGCAUGGACCGUAAACGUUCAAGAAGUCUCACUUUCCAGGGAGUCUUUCGUGAUCGUGUAGAAAUGUUGCUCUCGGCACAGACCUUUGUGGGACAGGUGUUGGUGAUCCUUGUCUUUGUGCUAAGCAUUGGGUCUCUUAUAAUCUAUUUCAUCAACUCCACUGACCCUGUUAGAAGCUGUUCUUCAUACCAAGACAAAACCAUCCCGAUUGAUUUGACUUUCAAUGCUUUCUUUAGUUUCUAUUUUGGAUUGAGAUUUGUGGCAGCUGAUGACAAGGUCAAGUUCUGGUUGGAGAUGAAUUCGAUUGUAGACAUCUUUACCAUUCCACCAACCUUUAUUUCUUAUUAUUUGAAGAGUAAUUGGCUAGGUUUAAGGUUCUUAAGAGCAUUGCGGCUGCUGGAACUCCCUCAAAUCUUGCAAAUUCUGAGAGCCAUCAGGACCAGCAAUUCAGUGAAGUUUUCCAAGCUGUUAUCCAUCGUUCUGAGUACCUUGUUCACUGCUGCCGGAUUCAUUCACCUGGUGGAAAAUUCUGGUGAUCCCUGGCUCAAAGGUAGAAAUUCACAGAAUAUUUCAUAUUUUGAGUCCAUUUACCUGGUCAUGGCAACGACGUCGACUGUCGGCUUUGGAGAUGUGGUAGCCAAGACAUCCCUAGGACGGACCUUCAUCAUGGUCUUCACCCUGGGGAGUUUGGUUCUGUUUGCGAACUACGUCCCUGAAAUGGUGGAACUUUUUGGUAACAAGAGGAAAUACACCAGUUCCUAUGAAGUGGUCAAAGGAAAGAAGUUCAUUGUGGUCUGUGGAAACAUCACUGUGGACAGUGUGACGGCUUUCCUGAGGAAUUUUCUCCGCCAUAAGGCAGGGGAGAUCAAUACUGAGAUUGUUUUCCUGGGAGAGGUUCCUCCUUCUUUGGAAUUGGAAACCAUAUUUAAGUGCUACAUGGCCUAUACAACUUUCAUUUCUGGAUCUGCACUGAAGUGGGAGGAUCUGAGGCGAGUUGCGGUGGACUCUGCAGAAGCAUGCCUGAUUAUAGCCAACCCUCUGUGCAGUGAUUCACAUGCUGAAGACACUUCAAACAUCAUGAGGGUGCUCUCUAUCAAGAACUAUUACCCUAAUACCAGAGUCAUCAUACAGAUACUUCAGUCCCAUAACAAGGUUUUUCUGCCAAAGAUCCCCAGCUGGAACUGGAAUACUGGAGACAACAUCAUCUGCUUUGCUGAAUUAAAGCUUGGAUUUAUCGCCCAAGGCUGUUUGGUGCCAGGCUUGUGUACCUUUCUAACAUCUCUAUUUGUUGAGCAAAACAAGAAGAUCUGCCCUAAAGAGCCCUGGCAGAAGCAUUUCUUUAGCGGCCUGAGGAACAAAAUCCUGACUCAACGCCUCUCUGAUGACUUUGCUGGAAUGAGCUUUCCUGAUGUUUGCCGGCUCUGCUUCGUGAAGAUGCACCUCAUGCUGAUAGCCAUCGAACACAAGUCCGUGUGUCACGGUUACUGUGGGCUGAUACUAAAUCCACCUGCUCAAGUUAAGCUCCGUAAGAACACACUAGGGUUCUUUAUUGCUGAAUCUGCAAAGGAUGUCAAAAGAGCCUUCUUUUACUGUGCCGUCUGUCACAGUGAUGUGUAUACUCCCGAGCUAAUUGGAAAAUGUAGCUGCAAAAGCAAGAAUCCUCGACACAGGACAGGACCUUCCAUACGAAAAUUUAAAAAAUGUCUUGAUAGGCUCACCUCAAAACUUAGCGGAGAACCCGUCACCCCCAAGUGUUCCCAGGCUAACUCUCCAUUCUCCGUAUCUAGGGCUUUGCUAUACGAAAUGGAGCGAGAGUCUGACCGCCUUGAUAGCAGUGGCAUGUUUCAUUGGUGCAAAGCCACCCCUUUGGACAAAAUGAUUCUGAAACGAACUGAGAAGUCAAAACAUGAGUUUCGGAACCACAUUGUGGCAUGUGUCUUUGGAGAUGCCCACUCAACACUGAUGGGGCUUCGGAAUUUUGUAAUGCCAUUGAGAGCUAGCAACUAUACCCGUCAGGAGCUGAAGGACAUUGUGUUCGUUGGGUCUCUGGAUUACCUGCAGAGAGAAUGGCGAUUUCUCCAGAAUUUUCCCCAGAUAUACAUUCUGCCUGGAUCUGCACUCUAUUCUGGAGACCUCCAUGCAGUCAACAUAGAGGAAUGUUCCAUGUGUGCUGUCUUAUCCUCACCAUCUAAGUCAGCCAGCAGCCCGACCUUGGUGGACAUGGAGCCUAUCAUGGCCACACUCAACAUCGGAUCACUUCGGAUUAGCUGCUCAGCCCAGACACCCUCAGAGCCACAGUGUACUCGGUGCUUCGGUGACAAUCCCGGGAAAUCCAAGUACCGAAGGAUCCCCAUCCUCACCGAACUGAAAAAUCCUUCCAACAUGCACUUUAUUGAACAGCUCGGUGGGAUGGAAGGAGACUUCUCGGGAAUGAGCCUGCACCUCAGCACGUCCUUUGCCACUGGCACUGUCUUUUCCGGCAGCUUCUUGGAUUCCCUCCUGGCCACGGCAUUCUACAAUUACCAUGUUCUGGAAUUACUUCAGAUGCUGGUGACAGGAGGGAUAAGUUCUCAGCUGGAACAACAUUUGGAUAAAGAAAAGUUCUGUGGGCUGAAUGACAGUUACUCUACCGUUUCACCUGGAAAGAUGCGGUGUAAGCUGGGGCUUCUGUCCUUAAACCAAACCAUUUUGUCGGACAUUCAACCAAGAAGGACCUUUGGGCAAAUAUUCUGCGGCUCGUUAGAUAAUCUUGGAGUCCUGUGCCUGGGCUUAUACCGCAUGAUAGAUGAAGAAGAGCGCAACCCGGAGCACAAAAGGGGAGUCUGCUGGUUUGUGAUUACCCGGCCAGAAAACGAGUUUAUGCUGCUGCCCUCGGAUCUUGUGUUUUGCGCCAUCCCUUUCAGCACCUCCUGUUACAAAAAGGAUAUUUCACCUCCAAGUCCGUGUGAAAUUAUAAAUAUGGUGCCACUGACAGAAGAGACGCUUACAGACAUAAAUUGUCCUCCUCCUUCAGUUGACCAGGUCAGCGAGACUGCAGCCCAGCCGCCCAGUAUAUCAGUCUGUUCGCUGGAGCCAAAACCCAUCCCCGCUGGUGAUCCUAAGCAAGCAGUAUUGACUCCAAGUGGUAAACUCUCAUCCCAGAUACAUCCAGGUGAAACCACGAAAGAAGAUGGAAAGGAAAACAUGGAGGAAACCACAGUGGAAGAUGCCUCUGCCUAUCCAGAGUCAGACUAGACCUGCUGGUAUUUCCCAGGAGCUCCUGGCUCACUCCUUACAAGGCAUCUCCAGAGAUGGUGACUUUGAACACGGAAGGAAAAGAUGGACGCCCGCCAUUUUUGUGCCCAUUGCUGAGGGUGGGAUCGGCAAGCCCACACUG